AUGUACUGCGAGAAGUGGAGCUCCGUGGCGGAGAUGUGUCUCUUCCUUGGAGACCUGCGGGAGGACUCCUGCAUCCUCUGCCUCUGCUCCAGGGCGUUUGUGGAAGAUCGGAAAUUGUGCAAUUUGGGAUUAAAAGGCUACUACGUUAAAGACGAUGGCAACAGUUCAGGAGAGCAAGCUGCAGAAGAAGACGAGGGCGGUCGUUCCCAGGGCGCUGCAGAGUCGUGGGACAGCAAAGACGUAGGCCCAGAUGAAAGUGAGCUUGAUUCUGAGGCUGAACUCAUGAGAAGCAUGGGGCUGCCACUUCAGUUUGGCAGUGUGUCUGCACGUAAGAAUUUUGAGGUAUCUAUGAAUACUAGAAACAAAGUUAAAAGAAAAAAGAAAAAGCAUCAAAAGAAGUACUUAGAUGAAAUUAAGAGAGAAUCUUGGAGACGAGAAUGUGAGGAAGAUGACAUUUUGUCUUCAGAUGAUCCAUCUCUAUCUGAGAAUGAGAACACCAGAAGGUAUGAACUUCAAACCAAAAAAGACAUUGAAGGUGAGAAUCUUCCUGCUGAAAAUACAUUACCUGCAAAGCUGGAAAUUACAGAGCUCUGGGAGGAGUACUGGAAGGAAUACGGGGGGGAACUGCUGUGGCAAAGCUGGCGAGAAAAGCAUGCAGGUCAGACGCCGUGCUCAGAGCCCUGGAACGUCCCUAAUACAAAGGCAGAAUGGGAGCAGCAUUAUAGCCAGCUGUACUGGUAUUAUUUGGAACAGUUUCAGUAUUGGGAAGCUCAGGGUUGGACUUUUGAUGCUUCACAAAGCUGUGAUACAGACGCUUGUGGGUCUAAAACAGAAGCUGACAGCAAGAAAGACGAAAAUCGCACGAAAGCACGUGAACUCUCUUCUGCAUCUUCAUCAGUGGGUCGCGAAAGCUCUAGUCCAGGUGAUAAAGAUCAUAGUGAAAUUCUUGAUGGACUUAGUAAUAUAAGCCUGAAUUCAGAGGCAGUAGAACAGAGCCGAUUAGAUCCCUCUGUGAGUUGUGACGGACAUCAGUGUUUAAGUGAAGUGAACAGCAGAAGAGAAUGCCCUGCUUCGGGCCAAAGUGAACCAUGUAAUGGAGGAACCAAGGAAAGCAGCUUGUCUGGGAACAGAAGCACAAGCCAACCAGCUCAGGAUUCACAAGAGUCAUCAGAAGCAAACACAGUCACAGACAGACCACGCCUCGUCGGCACGGAUGGAGAUGAGAGCGGCGAAGAUCCGCCUGAACAGAAGCCGUGCAAACUCAAGCGGAGCCAUGAACUGGACAUCGAUGAAAACCCGGAUUCAGACUUUGAUGUCGACGGUUCCCUUCUAGGAUUCAAGCAUGGCUCAGGACAAAAGUAUGGUGGAAUUUCAAAUUUCAGUCACCGCAGGGUCAGGUACCUACACAAGAAUGUGAAGUCCAAGUCAAAGUACUUGGACAUGAGAAGACAAAUCAAUAUGAAAAACAAACACAUCUUCACUGAGGAGCCAGGAAAAACUCUUUUCAAGAAAAGCAAAACUUUGAGUAAGGUAGAAAAAUUCCUAAAAUGGGUUAAUGAACCAAUGGAUGACGAAGCAUCACAGGAGUCAGUUUCUCAUAACAACGUGCAAGAUACUUGCACAAGCAGUGGUUCAGAGGAACAAGGAGUGUCUGUUGAAAAAGGGGAUGACCCACCGGAGACGAGUGAGCCGGAACCUGGAAAGCGUCGUGCCACGUCUCCAGCUGGGGAAGUGGGAACAGAGAAAACUGACAGGGACAGCACAGAAGCAGCAGUGCCAGACGAGAGGGACUGCCCCGCCCAGGCUGCACCAGACCGUCUUCAGGUAGAAGCCGAAGCUGAAAAUAAAAAGAAGAGGAAGAAAAGCAAGAACAGAAAGGGAGUCGGUCUUCUGCCUCCUGAGAUCACUGCUGUGCCCGAGCUGGCAAAGUACUGGGCCCAGAGAUACAGGCUCUUCUCCCGCUUUGACGACGGGAUUAAAUUAGACAGAGAGGGCUGGUUUUCAGUUACACCCGAGAAGAUCGCUGAGCACAUUGCCGGCAGGGUCAGCCAGUCCUUCCAGUGUGACACCGUAGUCGACGCAUUUUGUGGAGUUGGAGGAAAUACCAUUCAGUUUGCCUUAACAGGAAAGAGAGUGAUCGCCGUUGAUAUUGAUCCUGUUAAGAUCGAUCUCGCUCGCCAUAAUGCAGAAAUUUAUGGGGUAGCGGACAAGAUUGAGUUCAUCUGUGGAGACUUCCUGCAGCUGGCUUCUCAUUUAAAGGCUGACGUCGUGUUUCUCAGCCCGCCUUGGGGAGGACCAGACUACGCCACCGCCGAGAUCUUUGACAUCAGCACCAUGAUGUCCCCUGACGGCUUUGAAAUUUUCAGACUUUCCCAGAAGAUCACUAAUAAUAUCAUUUAUUUUCUUCCAAGAAAUGCUAAUAUCGACCAGGUGGCGUCCUUGGCUGGGCCUGGAGGGCAAGUGGAAAUAGAACAAAACUUUCUUAAUAAUAGAUUGAAGACGAUCACUGCUUAUUUUGGGGAACUGAUCCGCAGAUCAGCCUCCGAAUCCUAA